GCCCGCCUGGGGUACGAGGCACUCGUGAAAGAAGCGAAUAACUCCGCCGACCCAAAGCACCCGCCGUCAAUAGCACAAGAAGACAAGCAAGCAGCAGGAGCGAGAGCUGGCGCUUACAAAUAAACGACGUCCUGGUGAACAUCCACCUCCCCAGUGGAUGCAAGCCCCAUCAAUCGAGCCAGUCGAGCUCCGAAGUGAUCGACAGACCCGCGUCAUGGUCAUCUCCUUACAAGGCCUGUUUUCCAUCGGCGCCGCCGUGUGCCUCUUGGCGAACCUUGCGGACGUCGUAAAAGGCUCAUCCGGGCCUCGCUGGUUAAGCGAGCCUCCUGCGCGUCUCCUGUUCUCUAACUGGACGGGCGCCACGGUGCGAUGCUCGGCCGAGGGCGACCCGCGACCCGACGUGUGGUGGGUGAGCGCGGUCGACGGACUGAAUGCCAGCGCCCUGUCGGCCGCCACUUCCCGACCGCAGCUGCUCUCGGUGCACGAGGGCACGCUCACUUUCCUGCCCUUCCGCGAGCACCAGUUUCGCUCCGAGCUGCACCGCGGAUCCUUUCGCUGCAGGGCGCGCAACGCUCGAGGAACCGUACUCAGCACCGCAGUGCACGUCAACGCCGUGAUAGCCCAGGACUGGGAGCUGCGCAUGUGGUCCGCUCCCGGCUCGGUGUCGCGGGGCAGUGCCCUGCUGCUGCGUUGUCCGGUGCCCAGUCACGUGAGCCAUCACGUGGUCGUCACAGCCUGGGAGGAGGAGCACCGCAGCCCCGCACUCAUCACGCCGCGAUCGCCGACAGACCGGUACGUGAUGACGUCUUCGGGUGACCUGUACGUGCGGAGCUUGACGCAGGCUGCGCGCUUCCGCUGCCACACGGAUGACGUGCUCACUCGUCGCAACAGGACGAGCGCUAACUACGCUCACUACCACGUCACGGAACCAGCAGGAAGUGAGAUACCUUCCCUCACAUUCCACUCGGGUCACGUGACCGUUGAGCAAGGUCGUCCCACUGACCUGGUCUGCCUUGCCCAAGGCUGGCCGCCACCUAAGUACAAGUGGUACCGGAAACAGGGGCAGAGGCUAAUGCCGUUGCCGCCCUCCACCACACCUGCUGCUCUGGACGGUGUCCUUCAUUGGAGCGGAGGCGUGCAGCCCGAGCACGAUGGACAGUACGUGUGCGUGGCCACAAACACCAUGGGAGAUGCCAAGGCCACGCUUACGCUGUCAGUGAUCGGCGAGCUGUCCCUCAGCAUCCGUCCACGCUUGGUUCGGGCCGAGGCUGGCGACUCGGUGUCGUUCCAGUGCAACGCGAGCAGCGCCGAAGCGUCGCUCGAGUGGCGUCUGAACGGCUCGCCGCUUCCGCUGGGAUUCCAGCGGCUCGAGCGAGGGUUCGUGCGAAUAGCAGCUGUGGGCCGGCAUCAAGGCGGCAUGCUGCAGUGCUUUGCUACUUCCAGGGACGGCCGCAGGGCUGCGCAGGCCACGGCUGAGCUCGUAGUUGGAGAGCGGGCCCCACGCAUGGAGCGAACGUACGGUACCACAGGCAUCCUGAAUUCCAAGUCUCCAGCUAGCUUAGGGUGCCGCGCGUCGGGCGACCCGGCGCCCUCGAUCACUUGGACGUUGGACGGUGCGUGGCCCGUCACUGGAGGUGGCCCGCGGUUGCGGCUCUGGUCGACCAGUGACUCGGCGACGGGCGACGCGGUUAGCUUCCUCAACUGGACGUCGGUGGAGACGUCCGACUCCGGGUAUUACCAGUGCGUGGCGAGCAACGUAGCGGGUCGAGCUGAGCACGUAUUUCGACUGGACGUGCGGGGUCCGCUCUUCAUGCGGCCGGCAUACAACGCGACGGCGCUGGAAGGUCACUCUCUGGCGCUGCAGUGUCCAUUCGGCGGAUACCCGUAUGACAAGAUCAGCUGGUUCAAAGACGGAAGUGAACUGCCGGUAAACCAGAGGCAGACUGUACUCCUCAACGGCACACUGCUUCUGGAGACUCUGACGAAGGCAAAGGAGCAAGGGGACUACACCUGUGUCGUGGAAAACCUGGACGGAACAUCUGUUGAGCAACUCGUCCGGGUCAUUGUCAGAACUGGUCCGCAGAUCACGCCGUUCCGUUGGCUGGACGACGUGCAGGAAGGAAUGCGCGCUGGUCUCAGCUGCUUCGUGCAUGCUGGCGAGAAGCCCAUCGUCAUCGAGUGGCUCAAGGACGGCGCACCAGUCCUGCGACCCGUUCUCCAGGACGGGUUCGUCUCCACGCUCUCGCUGGAAUCCUUGUCGUCGCAGGACAACGGCAACUACACAUGUCGCGCCUCCAACGCCUGGGCGACGGCCACUUACAGCGCCGUGCUCAGAGUCAAGGUUGCACCGAGCUGGCGGUCCGAGCCCAGGGACGUAGUGGCAGUCACAGGUCACUCCGUGGUCGUCGACUGUCAAGCUGAUGGGGAACCACCGCCACACAUACGCUGGAAGAAGGCAUCGGGCAGGGAUAGCGGCCCUUACCGCGCCCUGGUGAGCACCUCCCGAGUGCACGUGCUCGUCAACGGCUCUCUGAGCGUGCGCAGUCUGGAGACGGGUGACGCGGGCCUCUACCUGUGCGAGGCCUCCAACGGCGUCGGCGCAGAGCUCUCCAAGGUGGUGCGCCUCACCGUACGCAGCAGCCCCCGGCUCUCACCCAAGGAGUCUACUACAUCGGCCAAGCGGGCAAGUACGGUGAACCUCCAGUGCGAACCGACUGGCGACACGCCUAUGCGCUUCUGGUGGCUUAAAGAUGGCGUCCCGAUCGCGGCCAUCGGGGAUCAGAGAUAUUCUCAGGUCGAGCACGUUGAGGCCAGCAGUACGAGGUCAACGCUGACCAUCACGGACACCCAAAAGUCGGACAAUGCCUUAUUCACCUGUCACGCAUCGAACGACUUUGGAGAAGACACGACCAACAUCAACCUGAUUGUUCAAGAUGUUCCCGGAAUACCUGACAGUCUACAAGUGACCGAAGCGUCCAGCAGGUUCGUGCGGCUUGGCUGGACUGAGCCUUUCAACGGGAACAUGCCCAUCACGCAGUACCUUCUGCGAUGGAUAAACAAGGAGGGCACGUGGGAGGACAGUGUGACGGUGUCUGGCACCGAGACCAAGGUGACCGUGCGGGGAUUGGAGCCUUCCUCGUCGUACCUGUUCACCGUGAGAGCGGAGAACGCCUUGGGGCCCGGUCCUUACACUUCUCCGCUGGAGGUCCACACCGACGACGAACCUCCUCGCAAUGCACCGAGCAACGUUCAUCUCGCACCUAUCGACUCCAGAAGCAUAUCAGUAAAAUUUGAGCACCCGUCCUCUCCCAGCCCACCGGGCAGCAGCAAGAGCGGUGACGGACGAGUGGACGGCUACUAUGUCGCCUACCGCCGACAGGGCACGUCGGAGCCCCUGCGCUACCACACGCUGCACGAGCGAGAGGGCGUGCUCUCCGGCUUGGACAAGGACACCCGCUACGAGGUUCUCGUGCAGGCCUACAACGCCAAGGGACCGGGACCCCCGUCGGGCACUCACGUAGUGCGCACCCUGGCUGCCGAUCCUCCUCCACCGCCAACGUACCGGGUGGUGGGCACUUCGGCUCGGACAAUUUCGCUGGCUUGGGAGAGGCCGGUCAUCCCAUUCGACGAUCCGCCUAUCAGAACCUACUACGUCUCGUGGCGACUGGAAGGCGACGAGCACUCGUGGCGGGAGCAGUCAGUGGGCGGUGACAGGACCAGCUUUGCGCUGUCCGGUCUCGCGUGCGGCACGAGGCACCAACUGCGCAUGCGCUCAUCCAGUGACGUGGGACGUGGACCAGAAGGGAAUGUCGUCACCGCCUCCACUGAAGGAAACCGCCCCGUGCUCCAACAGCCGGAUCGCUUGGUGGCGAGCAACUCCAGCGCUGCCUGGCUGCACCCCGAAGCGUGGUGGCACGGCGGAUGCCCCAUCAGCCACUUCACCGUCCACUACAGACGCAGCACCGAGACGGACUGGACCCUAGUGUCCAGCCACUUGCCCUACAGGCAUGACGAACCACUGGUCCUCUCGGACCUGCAGUCGGGGUCCUGGUACGUGCUGCUCAUGGUUGCCCACAACGACGCCGGCAGCACCACGGCUCAGGUCAACUUUGCCACGCUCACGCCUGAUGGAGACGUGCCUUCACACAAGCCUCACCUGCUGGACGCCAAGAUGGCGUCCUUCUACCGGCACCUAACUGUGACGUUGCCCAUUGGCAGCUCAGUGCUGGUGCUUGUCGUUGUGUUGGCGGUGCUUUGGUGCGUGAUGCGGCGACACGCGGACGACGCUACUGCUGCACAAAGCACGCCACAGGGUAGCGUGUGCGGCGAGCGUUACAAGAGCGAGGGGCUGAGCUCUGUAGAACCGACAUACUGCGGCGGUGGCUCAUCCCGAGGAUCGUCCGCUUAUGCGGUGCCGCACAGAGUGUACGAUGUGCCUUAUGCCCAGAAAAGAUCAGUGGAACAGAUAGCCAUUCAAUCUAGGAAGUCACAGAGUUCUACGGGCCUGAGUCGAGAUGGGUCUCAACUCUUCUACGUCUCGAGCAAAUCUAAAGUGUUCGACGAGGACGAAAUGCAUAGGUUAUGACGCGUGGUUGCCGUCAUACCAUUGUAUUGGAGGAUAUAAUGCGAGCAGUCCUGCCGGAGAGUAAUCGCCACAUGUCUGCCCAAUAUCAAUUGGUACAAUCGGAACCAAGCGAACACUACGACCACACCUCAACGCACGAGCAUACCGAGCCUCAACGGUCGUCGGGCAUGGUCGCGCAGAAGAUCAAAUUUCGGAUUACAUUGCCAAAAAGGAAUUGCUCAGGUGGAUCACC